ACUUCAUUGCGACGGCAGGUGCCUUUGCUGCGAGGUACCCUGCUUGAGCUGCUGUCUCGUCGCGGCAGGAAUGACGCUAUGUUGAUCGCGAUAAAUAAUGUGGACACACACUGCUUUGCGACGCGUAAUUCGAAUCAUUACGGACGCGACCCUCGUGCAGCUCAUGCAUGUUCGUUGAUGGAACAACGAGAUGCUGCCGCGGAAAUCAUCCGUUAGUGUCUGGAACAUGUGCCUUCGCUACGACUAAGAACCCCGUUAAUCUGCAAAAGAAAACAUGACUGCCAUCGGCGACGUACAAGCCUUACAGACCCUCACGGUUUAUACUAGCGACGUCAACAGCGUCGAUUUUGCCGGUGAUUGUGUGCUAGUAACGGGAUCCGGAGACAAACGUGUCCGAGUCUGGGAAUGGCAGCCCGGCAUCGGUUAUGUCGAAGCAUACUUUUCGCCUUUGAUAGGGCAUAAGUAUGGCGUAACUUCUGUUAAGGUCAGUCCUCAAUCCACCAUGCUGGCCACCUCCAGCAUAGACGGUACCACGCUGCUCUGGAACUUGCGUACGGGAACGAAGAUACAUACUAUGGUACAAACGAGUGGCGAAGCAGUGAGAGUUUGUAGAUUCUCGCCGGAUUCCACGCUACUCGCGACCGCUGGGGAUAACGGGCAAGUCUGUAUCUGGGAUUUGGUUCACCGCAAUCUAAUCAGGUGUUUUCAGAAACAUGAGGGUGCCGUGCAGAGCGUUUCCUUUUCUCCAGAUUCCAACUGGCUGAUCACCUCGUGCACGUUGGGUGUCCUAAAACUGUUUUCCACUGCCGAAUUGAUUGACACUUGUGCGCCUAGCAAUCAAGACAUCACCGAACUCGCCUCGAUCGACGACGCUCAUGACAUGGGAGUGGUUUGCUGUGACUUCUCGACUUUCCAAGAAGUCACGUGUAACGAACCAUACACAAAAGUUUAUCAGCUAGUGACGUGCGGCAACGAUCAUGACGUGAAGCUGUGGGAAGUCACAGUGAGCCAGAACAAGUGCGAGGCUCAACCCUCCGUCGCCACCGUGCAACUUUGCCGAGUGAUGGAGAAGCACAGCAGUGCCUUAACUUGCGUUCGUUUCAGCAGUAACGGAUUGUACAUUGCCAGCAGCGGCCUCGAUAAAACAGCAGUGAUUUGGGAGACGAGCUCGGGAAAGGUCAUGACGAUCAUUUCUGGUCACAAUAGAUACAUUGCUUGCUGCGCUUUCUCGCGCGACGGAAGUUUAUUAGCGACAGGCUCUAAUGAUAAAUCGGUAAUCGUGUGGGAUCUAACGGGAAAUCUAUCCAUCGAUUCCGAGCUUUCGCGAAACGUCGGGACGAGAUGGUUCGUGAAUGAUUCUGAAAAGGGUACUAUGCAUGAGCAGGAUGUGAUGAGGAAUGCUGAGACAUAUGCUAACGAGGUGAGGCUGAUUCAGAGAUUGGAGGAACACAAUGGAGCGGUGAACAGUGUUGCCUUUCAUGGAAAUAAUCUCUUAUCUUCGGCAUCGGGUGAUAAGUUAGUGCGCAUAUGGAGCGUAGAAACGGAGGAGGAAGAGGGAGAAGAAGUGAUUAAAAUACAGGAAAAGCCGUUCAGUCCGCUUGACGCUCACACUUAUAGCGUCAACUAUGUAGAAUUUAGUCCAUGUGGUUCAAUGCUUGCCUCCUGUUCCCUCGACGGAACUACUCUGGUUUGGGAUACCGAGACCGGAAGCCAAGCGAAGUCCUCUUUUGUCAAUUCCGGGACAGGUAUUCGUGUGUGUCGGUGGUCACCUGAGGGCACCAAAAUUGCCACUGCUGGUGACGAUGAGAAGACAACAUUGUGGGAUUUGGAGACCAUGGAUCAAUUACAGCACUAUUGCAGUGUUUUUGAGGGACAUGCUGACGCGAUAUCUGCUAUCGCGUUCACGCAUGAUUCUCGAUACUUGGUGACCGCAUGCAACGAGGGCACUUGGCGUUUAUUCGAUACCUUGGACGAAAAAAAUGGCAGCGAGGCGUUAAUGGUGUGCGAUGCGAGCCACGAUCUAGGUGUCCAAGGAUGUGAUUUCAGUCCCACUGCAGGCUCCGUAAUGUACACAAGGAACUCGGAUAUGAAUGUCGACGAGCAAGUUUACUUAUUGGCAACAUGUGGCAACGAUUCGCUUGUUAAAUUGUGGCACGUGAUUAUCUCGAAUGAGCCGCUACCUGAUCCAGACAGCUUCGGCUCGAGUGAGACAGGGACGCGUUACAAGGAGAAGAGAGCUUUGGCUGGACAUGGUGGAAACGUAAUGUGUGUCCGUUUCUCACCUGUGCAUGGAGAAAUUUUGGGUAGCGUCGCGACAGACAGGACGGCUCGCAUAUGGAGCGUGUUUUCCGGAAGCUGUCUCUAUGUUAUGGAAGAUCACGAAAGUCUCGUCACGUGUUGCGCAUUUUCUGAGGACACGUCUCUUUUCGCUACAGGCGCUUUAGACAAGACCGUUCUAGUUUGGAAGGUGCCCCAGCAAUUGGUAUCACAAAGUAAUCUGAUGGACAGCUUGAGGAACAAAAAGAAGAGGGUGACGGAUUGGAAAGUACAUGACACUCUGAAGUGGUUAAACGAUAUCGAAUUGUCUAGAUUGUCUAGGAAAGUACUUUCUCUAGGAUUGACUGGACGACAUUUGUUGUCCAUAUCAGAAAAUGAAUUAAUAUCUAGACUGGAGAUCGAAGGCGAUGAAGAGGCGGUAGAGAUACUGAAGAAGCAAUUGUACUGGCUGAAGCGCGAAGAUUGCAAUGUUACGGAGAACAUCGAUGAAUCUGAGAUUCCACAUGAAUUCCUGUGUCCUAUAACGCAUGAAAUAAUGAAGGAACCAGUGCAAUGUUCAGAUGGAUUUACCUACGAAAGAGCGGCUAUAAAUGAGUGGUUCUUGUGCGGGAAAUACACUAGUCCGAUGACGAACGAGUCGUUGCAUGAUACUUCCUUCUCUCCGAAUCUCACUCUCAGAAACGCUAUACUCACUCUACUUCACGGGGAAAGGCCACAAUAGUAAUCGCAUUUUAUCCACUAUACCGCAAUAUGGAAGGAAGGAAGAAAAAGCAGAGAGUAUAUCACACACGCACGUGUCGGCAAUUCACGAUACACGCGAUAAUCGAAUUUAUUAUCUCUUAAGUUAAAUUAAAGAAUCAGGAUAAUUUUUCAGGGCGUUUUUAACGCAAUGACAUUCGUUCUCGUUGUCGAAGAAUAAAAAAGAAUUCAAACGUCGAUCGGUAUUCGUGGACCAAUUAAAUGUAUAUAAGAGUAUAAAACGAGACUUAAAAUUAACGAUGGUACAAUUAUAUUUCAUCGUUGUUGAAAAAUGCCGUCUAAAGAGCUGAGAAAAAUAACGAUUUCUAAUUUUUCUCAAAAUUGCGAAACAUGACACAUUUCGCGAUUGAAAUUGAAAUUAAUUCUGAAUUUGUGUAGUCAUCGAAAAUAUGUCUGCGAAAAAAAUAUAUACGAUCGGAUAAGCUCGUUAUUAUUAAAAUUGAAAGUGCCACAAUGUUGCUGAGACGUGGCACGUAUUUAAGAGUGGCCAAUGUCGAGAAUGUCCAUGAAAGAAGAUUGUCAAAAGAUUUCCGAACGUCCGACGGUGUGACGCGUGUAUUAUACUCGUUACGAUCCAGAUACCUGAUGCAAAGCAACAAGUACAAGUCCACGAGAAUUUAUGGACAAUCCUCGAGAUAACGAAUAGUGGAAGCGCGCUGGUCUAAAUAUCCAAUAUUAACUGAGUAGUCGAGUAUAUACACGUAUAUGUAGAUAAAUAUAUCGAAUAUAUACGGGAUUUUAUAUUGGUUCUAGGUAAUAAUAAACGGAAGUUUUAGAAAUAUUCGGGAAUGAACGCGCUACGUUAUUCUCGACGAAAGUGAUGCCUUUGUCACCCUCUUGCAAUAUUGGCUAUUCGAAAUUUUCCAUAAGAUAGCUGGGAUUUUUCUUAUCGAAGAUGAGAGACGCAGAAUUUACGAGUUUACGUAAUAUAAAAUAUAUCCUCGAUAUAUCCUGUUUUAAGCAGAGAGACAGAACUGAUUUCGAAUAUACAAUUACAUUAAAAGGGUAGAUUUUACACGAGAAAAUAAGAAAAUUCACGAUUAAAUAAGGAUUAUUUAACGUCUAAUUGAUUAAAAAGAGAUAAUUACCGUAAACUAUAGAUCUUUCAGAUAUUAAAUGGCUCUAAGACCAUUUUUACUAUUAGCUGCAAAGUUGUAAAUUUUUAUCUCACUAUAUCGAGAUUUUUAAGCGUGAAAACGGUACAACGGUAAAACUGAUAACCAAGUUUUCAAUUUGGUAAAUAAUAUACGAAUAUUUGUGCAUUAUAAAUACAUAUUAAAAUGAAUGAAUAUGCUACUCGGUAGUAUAGAAAUAUCUGUGCCUAACUUAAUUAACAGCGGGAUAUUAUCAUAUUUCUCGAAAUAUUCAACAAGUAUCUCGAUUUUAUAGUAUAUGGCAUUAGCGCGUUUAUUUUUGGAAUUUGAAAUACUUGGAAAGUUACUUGAAAAUACAUUGAUAUAUAGAGCGUGUGAGUAAUAAUAUAUUAAUUUCGCAAACAGGUUUUAAUAUUUUUUAUUUAUUUAUUUGUUGCACCAACAUGUAACAAAUACGUAGUCCUUCUUUUAAAUCAAUUAGUAAAUCAAUUGUUACCAGCAACAAGCACAGAGAGUCGUUUGUUCGUCAAUUUUCGUAAAUACUGCGGGUGUAUUUUAUUACGCACUUCGCGGUCAGCGAUAUGUAUAAUGUAGAUAGUCGUAAUCGAUCAUGGAGACGAUGUAACGUUUCUUUUUGUAAUCACACAGUAUUAAUUAACUCUUAUACUAGUCUUAAGCAUUAUGGAGUUACAGAAAAUUGUAUAUACAUAUAAAACUAUAUUAAGGGGGGAAAUCCAUGUAAAUGGACGAAAAAUGGUUAUUUUAAAUAAUUUUUUGUUAAUACAAGGACAUAGAAUAAACUUUUACAACUUUUAGUAGUUUCUUUACACUUUAAAUAAGCGAAAAACAUUGGUAAAGUGAAAAAUAAUUUCAAAAUGGCGGAUUUAAAAAGCGAUGUUUUAGCAAAUCGAGGUGCCAAACAGCCCGCACUCUAGCAUCGGCUGUAAUCAUCUGAAAUCAAAAAACCAAAGAACGUUUUGUUAAUUAAGGAUGUAGUUUGUCGGUGAACCUAAAAAUAAAGUAAAAAUCGCAAUAUUAAAAAAACGGUGCAAUUUAAAAAAAAGAAGUCGAAUUUUACAAGAUUUUUUUGUCUUUUUAUUUAAAACAAUUGUUUAAUUUAAUUAUUUUAUCAAAGUUUUAGGUUCACCGACAAACUACAUCCUUAAUUAACAAAACGCUCUUUGGUUUUUUGAUUUCAGAUGAUUACAGCCGAUGCUAGAGUGCGGGCCGUUUGGCACCUCGAUUUGCUAAAACAUCGCUUUUUAAAUCCGCCAUUUUGAAAUUAUUUUUUACUUUACCAAUGUUUUUCGCUUAUUUAAAGUAUAAAGAAAUUCUACUAAAAGUUUUAAAAGUUUAUUCUAUGUCCUUGUAUUAACAAAAAAUUAUUAAAAAUAACCAUUUUUCGUCCAUUUACAUGGAUUUCCUCCCUUAAAGACCGUACGUACGCUUAUACGUAGGUGCAGUCUCGGAGGAACAUAUAAAGCGCGAGUAAUUUCUCUUUCCGAAAAGAAAUUGAGAGCGCGAAGAUUUUCUUUGGAGCCGCCGAAAUUGUUUCGAUAAUUAGCGUUUACGUACAGGUUUUUACGUGAUUUUUAUGAGCUCUUCAAUCACCCAUUAACGAACACGGUAUUUUUAACAGUGCGUUUUCAGAUUAUCACUCAAAUUUGAAGUCUGUAUUUCUGUGAUAUAAUUGAAAAAUUGUUUGGAAUUGUUACUGCGUGACGAGGAAGGUACGGAAAUGUAGGGAGCGGCAUGAUAACGUUGAUUGAAAAUAGUGCAAUUUAAAAUUGUGCUAUCGCGGAGAAAAGUCCGAUUGCGCGCAAUCGAGCUUGAGCAUUGAGUGAUUUCGCAGUUAUAAACGUGAUCUUUCUAUAUAGCUAUGUACGAAUAAUAAAACUGAUAUUAUAACAAUAA